CGCAAUUCCAAAACAUACUACAACAUCUGGGGCAGCAAGUUCAGUAAUUGCCACGACCAGCAACAGCCUAGCGCAUUGCGUAUCAUCUCUACAGGCCGAGGCCGACCAAAGCGCCAGAGUCCAUCGGCGCUGAUUGAUUAGAUCUGCCGGCAUCGGACUUCCACCGAGACUUUUUGCCCGAGGAUUUCCACCACAGGCCAACCUCCGCCUUCGACAACUACGCGCUUGGCACGCCCCCCAACCCACGGCAUUGUGGUUAAGUCGGCGAAUCCCGAUAUCAACGAGAGCCCUCCCGAUCCUUUCGGUCCAUCAAUUGAAUAGCACCACGGGCGUGGCACGGACGCACCUUUUUCCCGUCAAAGACUCGCAUGUCAUGACCUCAUCAGACCGGACCGUCUUGGUCCUAUACGGAUCCGAGACCGGCAAUGCACAGGACAUGGCGGAGGAGCUGGGCAAGCUGUGUCGACGGCUGCAUUUCGAAAGCCUCGUGGAGGAACUCGACGCUGUCGAACUCGUACGCACCUUGAUAACUGUCGACAUAUGUCGUCCCCUUCCCGCCGCUAAUCCCUGGCCCCGUUAGACCGCGCUGCUGGAGCACCAGCUCGUCAUCUUCGUCAUUUCUACCACCGGGCAGGGGGACAUGCCUCACAACUCGCUGCUCUUCUGGAAGAAGCUUCUUCGCAAGAGGCUGCCAAGUAAUUGCCUAGCCCAAGUGAGAUUCACGUGCUGCGGCUUGGGGGACAGCACAUACCUCAAGUUCAACUGGGCAGCACGAAAGCUCAUUCGGCGCCUGGAACAGCUUGGCGGAACGGCAUUCAUGGAGCCAUGCGAGGCUGAUGAGCAGUUCCCCGAAGGGUAAAGACACAUUUCCCAACACGUCUCUUCCUGCUGACCGGCUUUGCAGUAUCGAUGGCAGCUUUGUGCGAUGGGCGGACGAGCUCAAGACACAUUUGCUUGCCCAGUAUCCUCCACGCCAUGGCCUUGGCCCCAUUCCCGAAGAGAUCAACCUGCCGCCGAGGUGGUCAUUGCACGCUGCGCUUCAAAAAGCAGAGGCCGAGUCUAUCACCUCUGGGCUUUGCGAAGGCCCGGACGAGACUCAUGAGACCCCUCUUCCCAACACACCACCUCUAGAGGUGAUUCCCGUCCCCGGUGGGUGGGAUGCCAGCCUCGCCGGCAAUGAAAAACUGACCCCGGACACGCACUGGCAAGACGUACGCCUCAUGUCAUUUGACAUACCGUCUCGGGGCAGCGGCCAGAAGUUACAUUGCAACCCUGGCGACUGUCUCACCAUCUACCCGAAGAACUUCCCUGACGACGCCCAAAGGCUCAUCACUCUCAUGGGCUGGGAGUCCGUCGCCGAUAAGCCGCUGGACCUCUCGUUGUGCGGGCCCUUGCCAAACAGCCUCCGUGCGCCGUCCCCCUGUACAAUUCGUGGCCUACUCCUGCACAGCAUCGAUUUCAUGGCCGUGCCUCGACGCUCUUUCCUCAAGAACAUCUCCUAUUUCUCUUCCAACCCGGACCACAAAGAGCGGCUACUCGAGUUCACCAUGACGGAGUUUCUGGAUGAGUACUUUGACUACGCGACACGCUCUCGUCGCACCAUCAUGGAGGCCUUGGAGGAGUUUUAUUCGGUCCGAAUCCCACCUGAGCGGAUUCUUGAUGUCUUCCCUCUCAUUCGUGGCCGCGACUUCAGUAUCGCCAACGGCGGCGACCGACUCGCGCAUCCAACUCGUCCAGAGACCACCCGGGUCGAACUACUCGUCGCCUUGGUCAAGUACCGCACCAUCCUGCGCAAGCCUCGCCAAGGCCUCUGCUCAAGAUAUCUCGCCGACUUGCCGGCAGGGGCCCAGUUGGUUGUCUCACACAAGGCCGUCCUAUCACCAAUCCAUGGCCCUUCCAACGCCCGGCGUCCUCUCAUCGCCAUGGCUACUGGCACCGGCGUCGCCCCCGUCCGAAGCCUCAUCCACGAGCGUCUCACACACCUCGAUUCGGCCCCCGUCCUGCUCUUCUUCGGCAAUCGGAAUGCAGCGGCCGACUACUUCUUCCGCGACGAGUGGGCGGCAAUACAGGAGAACACUACGAUGGUCCUGUUCACCGCGUUCUCGCGCGACCAAAGGGAAAAGGUCUACGUUCAGGACUUGGUCAGGCGCGAGGCCCCGCGUCUCGGACGUCUCAUCCCCCAGUUGCCAAUUUUCGCAGUGUGCGGCGGCUCGACCAAGAUGGCGGAUGCUUGCAAGAACGCAGUCUUUGAUCCCUUUGUCGAGUCCGCCGGGGACGACGAGUCGGAGCGGGAAAGGAUGCUUGAGGAGAUGACUUGGUGGCAGGAGAUAUGGUAGAUCCGCAUAUUGAUGUUGACAGCAUGUGAAACUAGAUUAGCCGGCCAAAGGCGCCACUGAUGGCUGGGUUCACGGCCAUUGGCUAUUAGAUCGAGCAAGAACUCUGACCAUUUUCUUGAUGGCUAUGCCUUCUGAGCAAGCUGCCCGUGCCCGGUCCCGGCAAGGACCAAAGUGGAGAGACACGAUUGGAUAGAGACAGAACGGACGCGCAGGUUCGGUUUGGUUGAAUAAGUAUUUAAUUCGCUAUACUGAGAGGAAUACGUGGCUGAGCCAGUCUAUGGACAAAAGAUGACGG